AUUAAUAGCUAAAAUAUUAAUAAUAAUUCGAAUCACAAUAGUAAUAUACAUACUCCUAAUUUUAAUAUUCAUUAAAACUUAAAUUCUUAAUAAUUAUAAUUAUAAUAACAGUAAUAAUAACAAUAAUAACAACAAUAGCAAUUAUAAAAUUAAUAACAUUUAUAACAAUAAGAUUAAUAAUAAUAAUCAUAAUUAUAAUUGUAGUAAUAAUAACUUACUUAGCCAGGG